AUGUCGUCAUCGCUCGCUCGUGCGCUACCCGCAGCCGUCAAGGAGAUCAGGCUCCACCUGUGUCAGACUGGACCAGCCUCCGCCGGCGUGAGGUGAGUAGUGUCUUGUAGAGGGCAUCGAAGGCUGCAUCGGCACGCGAUGCCAAUCGAGUUCAAGAGGUGCCAUGCAUCACAUUCGAUUGGUGACAUCUAUGAGAGUCUCGCUGACAUACAUUGCCCUUCCUCCCGACUUUUCUAUCGAUAGGGAAUUCUUGAGCAGCGCAUACCCUGCCGUCAAGCAGGCCAACCCAGAUUUGCCCUUCUUGAUCCGUGAAGCAUCCGGUACACCAGCACGUAUCUUUGCUCGAUUUGGUGAGUGAAGAAUGAGGGCAACGCUGCAUGGGGCAGUCCGGCUGCGGCGAUAGGGCAAUUGCAAAUCAAGCUGGCUCAGCACCGGACGCCCCAGAGACAGGUUCCUGGCAGCAAGACCAUCAUGCACGAAUCGCGCUGACGCUGUGAAUAUCUGCGGAUCGUUUGCAGAACGCGGUCAGGAGAGGCACAUUGAGCUGGAUGGAUUGAGCAAGGCUGACGUGGAGAAGCGAUUCUCUCAGCUUGUAGGAUGA